GCUUACUUUGAACGGCGCUAUACAAAUAGCAAGACGCGCGCGCAAAUUAUUUCCUUACAAAUGUACUACUGAAUACCUCUCGAACCCAUUAGCAUCACCUUGGACCAGCACUUGGACCAUUAAUCUUGAACAUCCUGAUCUACAAAAAAAAUAGAUUUCAAAUUUCGUGAAAAGUGAAACAAAUUAUCUUCUCCAAGUGAUAUCAAAUCCUUCCUCAAAAAUUAGUGCCUAAACAUUUUUCUCGUCUUCCAAACAAGCUCCUGAUCUGAAAGACCAAGUUUGUGCAUAGAAAGUGAACAUAGGAAAUUUUUUUUGUGAAAAGAACACAACAGAAUUGCCUAAUUCUUUUUUGUUUUUUAAAAAAAAAAAGUUAGGCAUUUGGUAAAGAAAUAUUCUUAUGCAAUGUAAGAUUCGUUAUACAACGGACACUUUGAUAAUUUAUAGGCUGUUGUGACUUAUAAGAAGCAAUAAUUUUAUCUAUUUCAACUCUCGUACUACCAAACUCACCCAAGGACUUCAGUCGAGAGCGUUAAAUAAAAAAAAAAGUUCAUUAGAAAUUCACUUUGGUCCCAGUUCAAACGAUUUUUUUUUUAUUUUCCUUAAAAAAAAGUACGUUAAACGGCCGAGAAAAGACAGUAAAAAUGGUGGCUGUAAAUAAAGUCUUGAUUUUUGUGGUGGUUGCAAUUGUACAAAUUUGUGGAGAGCAGCAAACCCCUGAAUACAUUCUUCCAUGUUCCCGAAGUGAUCCUGAACUCAAUAAUUGCAUAAAAAGAUCCUUCAAUCACCUGCGAUCAUAUGUUGUCAAUGGCCUGAAGGACUUAGAUGUGCCCCCUCUAGAUCCUCUGCAUAUCAAGGAAAUGGCCAUGGAUAACAAUGCUGGAGCUGUACAGGUGAAAGCCCUCUUCACGGAUAUUCUCGUGAAAGGUGGCAGCAACUACACGAUCAAGGAUGUUCGUGCUGAUAUAAAUAAAUACCGAAUUGAUGUCAGUGUAAUGCUUCCACGGGUGGAGAUCAGGGGAAAAUACGAGAUAGUUGGGCGAGUUCUUCUCCUUCCAGUGCAAUCCAAUGGGGACUUUUGGACAGAGUUUCUGAACAUCAGUGCGAUUGGGAAACUGUAUGGCAGAGAAGUCGAGCGAGAUGGUGAAAAGUACAUGAAUAUUGAUAAGAUUUUCUUGGACUUCAACAUGAAAAAUGCCCGUUUCAAGGUGAAAGAUAAAGUUAACAGUGGCAACGUGUUGGGAGAGGCAAUUAAUCAAUUCCUCAAUACGAAUGCUCUUGAAUUAGUUCAGGAGAUGCGACCAGCGGCUGCUCAGAGUAUUUCAAAGCUUGCCAAGCAACUGAUCAACUCGGCAUUCAACCGUAUUCCACUGAGGGUUUGGCUGCUGGAUUAGAAAUCUCAUGCAGAGUUCAAGUCAAAAUCAUCGAACGGAUUUCUAAUUAGUAGUAAUUUUAGGUAAAGUAAUUUACAGUAAGAUAUACAAAUUAGGGUGUAGAAAUUAAAAUAAGAAAUACAAGGAUUAAGAACCAGGCGCGAUAUUCCUUAUAAAAUUAUAGUUAGGGCAAAAGGAAUAUGGGACUAUAUCUUCAAUAUUCCAAAGAUGUUGACUUUCGAAAGAAAAAAAAAUGGUUAAAAGAACUCUCUCGCAAUACAAUUUAUUCUGGAAAUUUAAUUGUGAUUUAUAUUUAUUAACAAAAAAUAUUUUUAUUUCUUUUAAUACUCUUUAUAUUCUGUUAUCAUUCGAAAAAUUGAUUUACACACUCUUUCGAUAAGCGAUUUUCUUUUCAAAAUCCCAGUGUUUAGUUAAGGACUAUACAAAAAAUUCUAAAUUAUAAAAAAAUAUAUACUUGAUGUAUUUUAUAUCAAAACUAACAAAACAAAAAAAUAUUUGUCGGUCUUCAAUGCUACAAGAAAAUUCUAAAAUAUAACUAAGAGAGAUAGGGAAGUACGGGGUAGUUUCACGAAGGGCAGUUUGACAAGUCUUAAUUUCAAUUUUUGUGCUUUUCUUAUCCCCUAGAGGGAUAAAUUAAAACCUCUAUGUCACUAUCUACACAUGUUCAGUAAAAUUAUUAACAUCUUAGUACUGGCUAAAGGUGUAUUCAUUGUUUAAUUGAAGUUAUCAAUGACUGACACCACUGACACCUUUUCGCUCGAUAUAAUUUCAUAAAAUCAAAAUUCGUGUCCCUUUCUUUCUCAAAAGAUUUACAUAAACCGGUCUCAAAAUUGGACUGAACUAAAUUUAAUUUGGUGUGAUGUUCAAAAAAAAGAUGAAGAGUGCGAAAGACUAGGAUAGACAUAAACAGCUUUUAAAAAGAAAAGGGAUGUGAAUGUGAAUUUUGACUUAUAAAAUUUUCCUGAUCUAAAAGGUGUGCUAGAGCCAUAAGAAUUUUACCUAAUUCAAUGUGAACAAAACUUUAUAGAAUUCCUAUAUUUUUUGAAAAUUUCAGAAUUAUUGUAAAGUAGUACAAUAGCAAUAGUUUUAUAGUUAUUUCUAUAAAAAUAGAGCAAAUUUAUUUAAAAAAAUAAUUAUACACGAUUCUGGUAUUGUUAAAUUAUUCCUUGAAUACAAUAAUUUACUGUUUUAAUUGAAUAAUCUCAAAAUUUUAAUUGGAAUUGAUGAAAAAUAUUAUUUGGAAGAAGUAUUUUUAAUUUUUUAAAAAUCGAGAAUAUUAUCGACAUAAAAAUUUCACACGCAAUUAAGUAUUAUACCAUAAAAUAAUUUAUUUUCUUUGCAUUCUCUUAAUAAUUAGAGGUUAAAAGUAUCCAAAUCUUUGAUCAGUAAGAGAAAGUGAUAUGAUUAAAAUGUUUUAUGGGCUUAAAUAUUUAAUUGCAUGAAUUGAAAAAAUGAAAACAAAUUAAAAUCUUUGCUUCUUUGAAUACUUUGAUAGUAGAUGUUAAUGAUCAUGUUCAAAAGUAUUCCAAUAAUAUUUUGUAAAGAUUUGGCAUUUCAAGAAACAUUUUACUUGUAUUCAUAUUUAUCAAAAUUGAGCGAAACCUAAUAAUUUUUUAUCUAUUAUAUAUGAUUAAAUAAAAAAAUUUACAAGAUUGUUUUUCUAAAUUACUAUGUGAAAUUGCAACAUCUUCACUAUAUAUAAUAGGGGAAUAAUAGAGCAGUUCAGACAGCAGAAGUUAUCUUUUAAACAUAAUAUUUGCCAAAAGUUUAUAAACUAUAGGGGAAAAUAGGGCACCACCGUCUACGGGGUAGCACCGAAUACUGUAAUUUUUUAAUUAGAUAUUAGAUUUCAUAUAGGACGAGACCUGUAUGAAUUCAUAGAUACUAUAGGGAUGCUUGUCCACUGAAAAAUGAUCAUCAUAGUCCACCCCCUAUUCGGUGGUGCCUCAGUUUCCUCUGUCCAAGCUAAUUGAUUUCAGCUAGUUACAACACUUUCCAUAUUUUAAUUUAUUAUCAAAGGAUUUUAUAUUUUCAAAAUGCAUGUAUUCCUGAAACUGCCCUGUCUUCCCGUAUUGUUAGUACAGAGUAUAAUUUGAUUGCAUCACUGUUCUGAGAGUGCUAUUUAAAUGAAUAAAAUGUAUGAAUAAUUGUGUAAGUGUAAAUAUUAAAGCAUUUGCAAUGAAAUUCCCAUUGGGAAAAAGAACUAGAAUGACGGACAACAAAAUGAAUUAGAAUGAUAAUGCAUAAGUCGUAUGCAAAUGUAGUGAUAGAUUAGCUAAUAAGGAAAGAAAUUCAGUGAAAAAUUCUCUCUGUAGAUCAAUACUCUUAAGAUAUUAUUCAAUUAGUAAGCCACUGAUGAAACUUGUUAGUAAUGUAAAGUAUGUAGUUGGGAUAAUCUGCGUAACAUACUCAACUAACUUACAAAAUUGAAUUUAAUUGUAGAGAAUGGAGAAUUAAAAAUUAAUUUAAUUUACUCUAUUUGAACAAUCAACAACUGUCUUGGAUAUUUCAAAUAAAGACUCUCUCUCGAACGAGAA